GAUUCCUCCAUCAUCAACAAUCUCGAGCAAUUGCACAACAGACUCAAUUCUGGUUGGAAUUGGGAGAAUACAGUGUGACUGACUCUUUCCGAUUCCUAUCUCGUUUUGCCAGAUCGACCUUGCCAGAAAUACUCAUCCACAAACCCGCCAGAUUCCCUUGACAAAUACCCAGUUACGAUCUUCAACCGUAUAAUACCUUUAGCUUACUUGGGGAGAAAAGACAAGACCGAAAACAAAAAUGUCCUUCCAACCAACCCCCGCCGAUAUUUCUGUGAUCAUCACCACCCCCUCCACGUCCCAAUCCUCCUCCGAGCCCCGCUUCCUCUCCGAACGCCGCAUCACCCCAUCAUGGACCGUCAUCCAGCUCAAGGGCAAGCUAGAAACCAUGACGGGCAUCCCUCCCUCCAGUCAGCGGCUACGACUCAAGACACCAGGACGUCCAGACCAAUGGAUUGAAGGUGAUGACUCGAUUAUCGGGGAUUGGGGCCUUAUGAAGGGUUCUGAAAUUGAGAUCCACGACUCCCGUCCUCAAUCUGCACGGCUGAAUUUCACCGAUCUCUCCUCCGUCGAGAAAUACGUUCUUCCUGCGGAAACGUACGAGUCGCUUCCAAAUUCUGUGCUCGCGUGGAAGAAGAACCUGAAGUUGGGGAGGUUUGAUCCGAGUGCGCUUUCGCCGGAGGAGGCGAUGCAGGCGCAGGGGGUUAAGGAUGCAGAGGAGGUUCAGAAGAGAGGUAUCUCCCUCUCGAAACGAGCAAUUAUCCUCCCCUCUUCACCACCACAUGUUCGACGAGGAACGGUUCGCUUCGUUGGACCUGUACCCACGAUCCCCUAUCCAGGUGUGGAUGUCCAGACAGCGGAUCCUGAAAUGCCCGUGCCGAUUUGGGUUGGGAUUGAGCUUGAUGAGCCGACGGGAAAGAAUGACGGCAGUGUUGGCGGAAGGCGGUAUUUCGAGUGUGCCAAUAAGUCCGGCGUGUUCAUUAAGCCGGAGAAGGUGGAGGUGGGAGAUUUCCCACCUUUAGGGCUGGACGAUGAGCUAGAUGAGGAUAUGGAGGAGAUAUAAAAUCUCAAAAAAAAAAUUGUUACAUGUAUAGGGAUGAUAUAGUAAUGAAAAAAAUAAUAUGUUGGAAAAGAGAGAGAGAGAGAGAGAGAGAGAGAGAGAGAGAGAGAGAGAGAGAGAGGGAGGGAGAGAUGCUUGAUUCGUUCAGUAAAUUCUCAUUCUAAGCCACGCCACGCCUAUGUCCUAUCCUUCUCAUCAUCAUUGCUCAAUCAAUCACCAAACAAGGGGGAAAUCAAUAGACUGGAAUAAGGGGAUGGAAGAUAAUACAACAAACACCGUGAUCCGGGUAAUAGAG